AUGAGUACUAAUAGAACAGAGAAUGGUCUCUUAUAAGAUUGCUUUUUUGGACCAUCAAUAGAGUAAUCUGAAGUAAAUAUUUAUAAGAAAAAUUCAUCAUCAAAAAAUUCAAUCACUUCAGAGGCAAGUUAGAAAGAAAAAGAAAGAAUAAAUGAAAGUUAAAAAAAAGUUGGGACAGCAUCAAUUAAUUAUCAAAUUUUGAAGGCAAAAUAAUAAUUCACUAAGAAAAAUGAAAAUCUCUAGGCAACUUAAAGUAAUUUUAUAAAAGGAAGUAGAAGAAAUUUAUUUGAAGGAAAGACAUAAUAAAUUGAAAAAAUAGAAAAGACACCUAAACAAGAAACAUUUAACUUUAUUAAAACAAUAAUAAGAUCAAACUUGAUAAAUAAAUUUAAACAUAAUUUACUUUCUUCAUCUUAUAUUUUACCUUAUGAAAUGAAAAAAAUAUUAGAGAAUGAAGGAUAUUUAUAAGAUGGUAAAGAAAAAGUAAAAUUUUCAAGUUAAGUCUAUGAUUUUUAGUAUUUUAUUUAUUUAUAUAAGACUAUAGAGCCAAAAGUUACUAAAUCAAAAUAAUCAAAGGUUAAUAAAUUUGUUAAUGCCAGAUAAGAAUUUUACAGUAGUUUGGGAUUUGAUUUCAUUGUUAGUUUUAUUUAUAAGUCUAUUUUUAUGUACACUAAUAGCCUCCUUUGGUUAGCAUUUAAAUAAUUUUAAACCAGCAGAAAUUAUGAUAAAUAUAUACAUAAUUUUAGAGGUUUUAUUUUCAAUUUAUCGUCCUAUUAUGGUGAAUGGUGAAGUAGUAUUUGAGAUUUCAUAAAUAUGGAAUAAUUAUUUAAGAACUUAACUUUUAGAAGAUGUGAUCAGUUUUACUAUGUGGUUUUUAGUUUAUUUUGAUUUUGAUAAAUAGAUGUAUCUUAAUGAGAUUAUGGCAGUUCUUUAGUUUUUAAUAACAAUAAGGAAGAUAGAUCGAAAAUACAAUAUUUUAAUAGAGCAACUAUACUUAAAAGGAUUUAAUAGUAAUCUCUUAAAUAUUGUGACUUUAAUAAUUAUCAUCUGUUUUUUUGCUCAUACAAUGGCAUGUUUAUGGCAUCAUGUAGGUGAUUUGACAUAAAAUUAUGGAUCUUGGCUUAUUUAUUAUGAUAUUAUUAAUGAGACAUUAUGGGUUAGAUAUAAUUAUUCAUUUUAUUGGGCAACGAUGACCAUGGUAACUGUAGGAUAUGGGGAUAUCACACCUAAAAAUUAAUUUGAAGUUACAUUUGCUACAAUCAUGAUGUUAUCUUCAAGUUGCAUGUUUGCAUAUACCAUGAAUUCUAUUGGAGUGAUUGUCAAAACUAUAUAUGAUUAAUAAACAAAGUUUAAGUAAAUAAAUGUAUUUAUAAUUUUAUAGACGAACUUUGAUUUUGAUGAAUUAAUUCAUGUCUAAAAAUGAAGUAGAUUAACAAAUCUAAAGAAGAGUUAAAAAUUAUAUUAAACACAAUAUUGAAAAUGAUAUUUUUGAAAAUUAGGAGGAUACAAUAAAAUUAGUUAAUGAAUUACCACUUAAUUUAAAAAAAUAAAUUGAAUAAGAUAUUCAAUAUAAAAUAAUCUAAAAAAUCAAAGUAAUUACAGAUAAUUUUGUUGAAUCAACAUAAAAUAAAGUUAAAAAUAUCUUAGUUGAAAUAAAAACUACUCCUAAUGAUUUUAUUUAUCAUAGAAAUGAUAAUAAAGAUAAAUAUUUGUAAUAUUAUAUUUAAAAUUAUUAGAUAUUUCAUUAAAGAAGGAGAAGUUCAAAUUAUAGAAGAGCAGAGUUAAAAAAUUAUAAAUGUCUUAAAAGCAGGGGAAACAUUUGGAGAAUUUUAAUUUUUUACAGGUUAAAAUACUAAAGAAUCUGUAGUAAGUGUUGGAUUCUCAUAAUUAUUCAAAAUAGAUAGAGAAUAAUUUAUUUCAAUUAUAAAAUAAAACUCAAAAGAUUUUGAAAGAUUUCAUAAGAUAAAAGAUAGUAUUCUCUAUUUAAAAUAAUUUUCUGUGAUUUAAGUAAAAUGUCAUUUUUGUGGCUAAUCUAAUCAUGUAUAAAUAGAAUGUCCUUUUAUGACAUAUUAACCUAAUUUAUAUCUUAAAAUAUUGAAAAUGAAUUAGUCUUAAAUAAAUUAUAGGUUUUAUUAAGGGAGAUCUGGUGAAAAAAUCAAAUCUAUUCUUAUCCUUAAAUCAAUUUAAUAAGCUAUAACAGAAUUCUAAGACUAUGCAACUAUCUUUAAUACAGAUAAUACAAUCAAUUAUAAGACAUCUAAUUCAUUAAGUUAUAUUUAAGAGUCUCAACAAAUUAUAGAUAAUAAAUAAUCAAAUAAAUCAAUUUCAAAACAGGAUUAAAAUAAAGUAUCUAUUGAUAAUAGAAGAGAAUCUCUUUAUCCUAAAAAAAUUGAAAGUGAAAAACACAACAAAUCAUAAGUAUUUACAAAAAAGAAACCCUCAUUGAUAGAAGAUGAAAAAAGAAAAACAAUUUUAAAAGAAACAUUGAUUUUUAAAUAAUUAGAUUAAAUUUAAGAAUAUUUUCAUCAUAUUUAAUAAGAAGGAUUCGAUAAAGUUCAUAAUUACACAGAGUACUAACCCCACAAUAAUUUCAAUUAUGUAAUAAAAUAACUUUACAAAGAAAAAUAUAAAUUUAAACAUGCAAAAUAUUUACGUAGAGAAUUUAGCAGAAGAGAUUAAUGA